GGGAGCUGUCGUGGUGGCCGCGCAACGCCUCCCAGCACUUCCCGAGUGGGGGCAGAGCAUUAGCAGGCGGGAGACGUCAGUGGCUAGGCGCAGUGGACGAGGGACCUUCAAACUCCUCCUCGGAGGCUCCUCUCCACCCCCUUUGGCCCCUGCCCUUGGAGAAAGUGGAGUGUGGCGCUCAGGCUGCUGUUAUUUCUCAGGACUGCCUGGCGGUGGCCGGAUCCAGCCUCCUGCCCGGCUGGGCUUUCGGCUGUUUGCGCGUCUCCUGGUGGCGUUUCCCUUCCCCGUACACUUCUGCCGACGAUGAGGAAAGGUCUGAGGGCGACAGCUGCCCGCUGCGGACUGGGACUAGGAUACUUGCUGCAGAUGCUUGUGUUACCUGCCCUGGCCCUGCUAAGCGCCAGUGGCACGGGCUCCGCCGCUCAAGAUGAUGACUUUUUUCAUGAACUCCCAGAAACCUUUCCAUCUGACCCACCUGAGCCAUUGCCACACUUCCUCAUUGAGCCCGAGGAAGCUUACAUUGUGAAGAACAAGCCUGUGAACCUGUAUUGUAAAGCCAGCCCUGCCACCCAGAUCUACUUCAAGUGCAACAGCGAGUGGGUUCAUCAGAAGGACCACGUAGUAGACGAGAGAGUAGAUGAAACCUCCGGUCUAAUUGUGAGAGAAGUGAGCAUUGAGAUUUCACGCCAGCAGGUGGAGGAACUGUUUGGGCCUGAAGAUUACUGGUGCCAGUGUGUGGCCUGGAGCUCAGCAGGCACUACGAAGAGUCGGAAGGCAUAUGUGCGCAUUGCGUAUCUGCGGAAGACAUUCGAGCAGGAACCCUUGGGAAAGGAAGUGUCCUUGGAGCAGGAAGUCUUACUCCAGUGUCGGCCACCUGAAGGGAUCCCAGUGGCUGAGGUGGAGUGGCUAAAGAAUGAAGACAUAAUUGAUCCUGCUGAAGAUCGGAACUUUUAUAUUACUAUCGAUCACAACCUGAUCAUCAAGCAAGCCCGACUCUCAGAUACAGCAAAUUAUACCUGUGUUGCCAAAAAUAUUGUUGCCAAGAGAAAAAGCACCACAGCCACUGUCAUCGUGUAUGUCAAUGGUGGCUGGUCCACCUGGACAGAGUGGUCUGUGUGUAACAGCCGCUGUGGGCGAGGAUAUCAGAAACGUACAAGAACCUGCACCAACCCGGCCCCACUCAAUGGCGGGGCCUUCUGUGAGGGGCAGAGUGUGCAGAAAAUAGCAUGCACUACGUUAUGUCCAGUGGAUGGUAGGUGGACUUCGUGGAGCAAAUGGUCAACCUGUGGGACUGAAUGCACCCACUGGCGCAGGAGGGAGUGUACAGCACCAGCCCCCAAGAACGGGGGUAAGGACUGUGAUGGCCUGGUCCUCCAAUCCAAGAACUGCACUGAUGGGCUGUGCAUGCAGGGAUUCAUUUACCCCAUUUCAACUGAGCACAGACCCCAGAAUGAAUAUGGAUUUUCUUCUGCUCCCGACUCAGAUGAUGUGGCUCUCUACGUGGGGAUUGUGAUCGCUGUAACAGUCUGUCUGGCGAUCACUGUUGUGGUGGCCCUGUUUGUGUAUCGGAAGAACCACCGUGACUUUGAGUCUGACAUCAUUGACUCCUCAGCACUCAAUGGCGGCUUUCAGCCUGUGAACAUCAAGGCUGCCAGACAAGAUCUCCUGGCUGUCCCCCCUGACCUCACCUCAGCUGCAGCCAUGUACAGGGGACCUGUCUAUGCUCUGCAUGAUGUCUCAGACAAAAUCCCAAUGACCAACUCUCCAAUUCUGGACCCACUACCCAACUUGAAAAUCAAAGUGUACAACAGCUCAGGUGCUGUCACUCCCCAGGAUGACCUUGCCGAGUUCUCAUCCAAACUGUCACCCCAGAUGACCCAGUCCUUGCUAGAGAAUGAGGCCCUUAACCUGAAGAACCAGAGCCUCGCAAGACAGACUGACCCAUCCUGCACAGCAUUUGGUACCUUCAACUCCCUUGGGGGUCACCUCAUCAUUCCUAAUUCAGGAGUAAGCUUGCUGAUUCCCGCUGGGGCCAUUCCUCAGGGGAGAGUCUAUGAAAUGUAUGUGACUGUACACAGGAAAGAAAAUAUGAGGCCCCCCAUGGAAGACUCUCAGACCCUGCUUACCCCUGUGGUGAGCUGUGGGCCUCCUGGAGCUCUGCUGACCCGCCCUGUCAUCCUCACUCUGCACCACUGUGCAGACCCCAGCACCGAGGACUGGAAGAUCCAGCUCAAAAACCAGGCAGUGCAGGGACAAUGGGAGGAUGUUGUAGUGGUUGGGGAGGAGAACUUCACAACCCCCUGUUACAUUCAGCUGGAUGCAGAGGCUUGCCAUAUCCUCACAGAGAACCUCAGUACCUAUGCCCUGGUUGGCCAGUCCACCACCAAAGCAGCUGCCAAGCGUCUUAAACUGGCCAUCUUUGGGCCCCUCUGCUGCUCUUCCCUGGAGUACAGCAUUAGAGUCUACUGCCUGGAUGACACACAGGAUGCCCUGAAGGAAGUUCUACAACUGGAGAGGCAAAUGGGAGGACAGCUCCUAGAAGAACCCAAGGCUCUUCAUUUUAAAGGCAGCAUCCACAACCUGCGCCUGUCUAUUCAUGACAUCGCCCAUUCCCUCUGGAAGAGCAAAUUGCUGGCUAAGUAUCAGGAAAUUCCAUUUUACCACAUCUGGAGUGGCUCUCAAAGAAACCUCCACUGCACCUUCACUCUGGAAAGACUCAGUCUAAACACAGUAGAACUGGUUUGCAAACUCUGUGUGCGGCAGGUUGAAGGAGAAGGGCAGAUCUUCCAGCUCAACUGUACUGUGUCAGAGGAACCUACUGGCAUCGACUUACCUCUCCUGGACCCUGCUAGCACCAUCACCACUGUCACUGGACCAAGUGCUUUCAGCAUUCCUCUCCCUAUCCGGCAGAAGCUAUGCAGCAGCCUGGAUGCCCCUCAAACAAGAGGCCAUGACUGGAGGAUGCUGGCCCAUAAACUCAACCUGGACAGGUACUUGAAUUACUUUGCCACCAAAUCGAGCCCAACUGGCGUAAUCUUGGAUCUUUGGGAAGCACAGAACUUCCCAGAUGGAAACCUGAGCAUGCUGGCAGCCGUCCUGGAAGAAAUGGGAAGACAUGAGACAGUGGUGUCCUUGGCAGCAGAAGGACAGUAUUGACCACACUGGAACUGACGCUGAAGGACACAAUUACACAGGGAGUCUGUGUUCAGGAGAACCACAUCUGAGGAGGAAAUCCAGAUAGGACCAAGGCGCUCUAACAGGCAAGAUGGCAACAGGAAACGUGGGGGACAGAUAUAACCACCAAGGUACACGCCCACUUCAUUCGGACAGCACCACCGCGGGAGUUAAGAAAAAUUGUGUAAAUUUGUACCUUGAAUUUAAGAAUCAAUCUAAUUUUCUCUUCGUUGGGCUGUAUGCUGUAUGGUACAGGAUCUUACAGUUUCCUAGGAAACGCUUUUUAUUGCUAUCCAGAUGUAUGGAUAAACUUUCUUAACAAACCCAGUUUCUACAAAUGUUGUUUACAUCAAAUUGGACAGGGAUGCAGACACUGUCCAUGGCUUGUUCUAUUUUUGUUCAGAUCAUUUGAAGUUGAAGCUGUGGACGGUUUAUUGUGUCUAUUUCAGAUUAGUAAUUUACAGAGAAAUCACAGACUUUUGCUAAAAAUCAUGUACAUCAAGUGUCUCAGAUAAUCUUCCCAUCAGUGUUCUGUUUCUGAAACUUGUUGGACCAGUAUUGGCAUUGGUAUCAGGGAAGUGGAGAAUCUAAAUGUAAAGGAGAAAUUGAGAAAAUUCCUUAUCUCCCGGGGGAACCCCGUUGGUAUCCUUUGGGAACAGAUCUCUAGCAUUACAGGGGAGGUAGCGAUUCAUGUUCCUCCACACAAACAUUUCUGUACCACAUGUGUGUUUGUAAUAAGCAAUUUCAAGUGUUUUUUAAAAAAAUAUUAUCAUUAUUAUUGAUGAUGAUUACAAAAUAUUCUAGUAAAAAGAAUUUCCUUUUGUUUUAGUUAGCAAUACUGUUAGUGUUUGGUGUUGACGAAACCUGCCUCCCUUCCUUGCCUAAAGAGGUGGGCAUGGUCACCAGUUUAGUUCAAUAGCUUUGCUUCCUUGACCUUUGGUCUACCAUGCUGUGGUGGAAAAGACAGAAAUGCUCAAUGGCUAUGUCUGCUCUUUCAGCUUGCUCGGUUAGAGUCUUUCUGUUCUUGCUCUUAUCAUGAGGAGAGUUCUCUAUGUAAAGUUCAUUUACUCUUGUGGCUAUCUGGGAGGCAGUGUGGUUGUGGGAACAGUGUCUGAACUAGGAAUCAGGAAACCAGUUAUCCUUGUGGAGUUGGUUCCUGUCUGACUGUGAGACUUUGGGGAAAACAUUGAAACUCACUGGCACUCAUUGUCCUUCUUUGUAAACUUUGAGGUUGAGACCAGAUCAUCUCAAGGUUCCAGAAUGCUGAUCUCCCAUUCAGAUGUCAUCAGCCUUUUCUAUCUUGCAGGCAGAAUUGACUUGAACAGGGAUGACUUCAACGCGCAUUUAUUUGUUUGUCUUUAUCUUUGUGUCAUUAUUGCAUGAUGUUGUUCGCUGAAAGAUGGCAUCCUUUUCUUACCAUUGUCUUGACCUCUGCUGGGGCCCUAUCGUCCAACCUUCCAACUAAUUGUAAAUUCUACUUUUUACUCAUUUAUUGAUCUCACGAUUGCAAGACCAUUUCUACAAAAAGCCCAUGCAGCUGAAUGAAUUGGUAACAUUUUUCUUUCUUUAUUAGUCUUUGCUUUAAUAAUAUUCAGUUGUAUUUACGUAGGUUAGCGCUUUAAUCCUGUAAAACGUUAGUUGUGCAUACUAUGAGUUCUCCUUGGGAGCAUCCUGGUUUUUGUUUGUUUUUAUUUUUUGAUAUAGGAACUCCAUUCAGCAGAUAGUGAAUGAAAACUUAGCAGCCCCACUGACAUAGUUAAAUAGAAAGCACCUAUGUCCUUAAGUCUGAACCUUCAAAAUGUGGCUGUGGUGUACUUUGGGGCUGGAAGUAUUCAGGUUGCUGAAUGGAUUCCAUUGGGAAUCAUUUUGCCUAAUACUCUCUGAUUCUGUUACUUCCUGAUACACUCUAACUCUUCUAUCCUAGUCAUUAAAGAACUGUGGAUACAGUUGUGGAGACUCUUCCUUCAUGCUGUUUGUCUUCUCUUUCAGAGAUGUAUUCUACAGUCUCUUUCUCUAACCAUAUUCAUAUAUAAAAUCCUGGUCCCCCUGACUGUGGAAGGGAAAUUCUAUACUCCUAAGCAAGUUUGUUGGCUGAUAUCUAUAAGCAUGAGUUUGUUCAAACUUUUAAGAGUUUGAUUGAUACUCUUAAAAAGUAAGAGGAAGGAAGACUUUGCUGCCUCUUGAAACAAGUGUGAAGGUUCCUCUUCACUACUUGGAUUUUGGAACCAUCCAAGAAAUCGAAACUGAGAGGUCUGGCCUGGAUGUUCUGUGUAACUUCAAUGCUUUGUGCUAAGUCAAGAGGAUCAAAUAUGUUGCUAUUCUGGUUAAUUUAUCCUAAAAACUGUUAAGUCACCAACACAGAAAUACUGAAUAUAACCAAAGCAACAUUAUUGAAUAUUUUGAGAGUCCUCAUGUUCAAGCAUCUAGAGAUACUUGCUUUUUUAUUCAGACUCUCACAACAGGAAAAGGAAAAUGACUGAUCUCUUAGGAAGGAAUCAUUUGUCAUAGAACCGCUUUCUAUCAUGUGAAUGACAGUUUCCAAACUAGAACAUACCAUACAUGAAAUAAUUUUCACUGAGCAACCUGCUCUUUCUCCUUUGGAAGAAAGCGAUAGUUGUUAGAUUGCCGCUCUCCAACACACACGUUUCACCUGCCACACUUCAUUUUAGAGGGAGCUUCAGCAUCACCCCUGUGGCAUGUCUGACUUCUACAGAGCUUCUCAGGAAUGCCUUGCUUGCUGUGGGUGGGUAGAAAAACAAAUGAUUUGUGCAUGGUGCCAUCUAGUGGCCUGCCACAUAGUUACUCAAUGUCAUAUACAGCUUACAAAAAAUUAACAAAGUACCUGUGGAGUUGGACAUUUGUGACAAACAGACAUGGUGAAAUUUACCUACAUGUGUAAUUCUCUUAUUCUCGUAUUCUUCAGUUAAAUUAUCCAUUUUACAAUUUUUCUGGGUAUAACACGUUAUCAACUUACUCAUACACAUCUUAAGUUACUUUCUUGUGAUAGACAUGUAUGGAAUCUGUAUUUUAAAAAGUCUCUGAAAAUUGUCAUUGGGCUUUGCAUAUUUGAAAUCGUUUAAUUCCAAAACACCGACUUUUAGAAAUAUAAACUGUAUUCAUAAAGAAGGAAGAUUCCCUACCCAACAGCUCCACACACAUAUACAAACAUAUAGCAUCCCCUUGGGCAUAUAUAUUCUUGCUAGGUAUCCCAGAACAACCUCAAAUCCACGACCCUAUUUCCACAGCCUCUCAAGUGGUGAGAGUUUAACUAUGUACCACUAUACCUGUUUAAACCUGCUCUACAUUUGUAAAUGAGAAUCCUGCCUCUAUGGACAUGGAAGUUGUGGCUGUUAAUCAAGACGAAUGAUCUUCAGAUGAAUUAGACCUUCUGAGAUUAGGAAUCUAAAACUUCAUGUUCUCUUCUUAUUGACAUUAAUUCAAAUUGGCUUGAGUCUAAGCAUGUGUCAAGAAAGUCACAGCCAAACAUUUUCAAAGCAGACACAUUGUCUCUGCUAUACAAAGAAUUCCAUCCUGAUCUGAGCAAAUUAAUCUCUUCAGGAUAAUUUGGGAAAUAAGAGGUCCAAGAUCAAAGUAUAUCAUUAGCUAUUUUCAUAUAUGCUAUGAUUCUACAGAUUUUAAUUAAUCCACUAUCAAAGAGUAGCGACAUUCUUUAGGGAAAAGUUGUAAUGACUAUAUUUAGGAUCCUCUAUAAAAUAGGUAUUAAAACUAGGUUUUUAAGACAUUUCUCCUAAAAGUGAUUGAAAGGGAAACACUCAGAGGGUAGGAUUUAGACAGUUCACAUCUGGAAGAGAGUAGAUAGAUGGUUGCCUACAUCUCUGUGUGUCUCUGAUGAGGACCUGGCACCUGUGAUCCUGGGUCAUUCACACACACCUACAUAGCCAUAGGAUAAAGAGAGCUUAUAGGGAGGAUGUUCUGUCCCAGAAUCCAUACACAUCCCUACAGUCUGCGCUCUGGAGCUAGCAAUGUAGAAGGAUGUUAGAUAAUAUGAGAGAAAAAGUAAGAAAGAUUUACUUAUUCCCCGGUCUUCAAGAUGAACAUGAAUUUGAGCUGAGUAAUUGCUCUGGAAAAGUAAUCUAUUCAGAGAUAUGUGCUGGCCUAAGUCCAAGGCCAGUGGUGGCAAAGGAGGAUUACAGAAACACAGUGUGGGUGGACUUAGGCUUGAGAUGCCUUUACUGAGCAGCUUUGUAAACCAGAACAUCAUUGUUCAAAUCAGUCAUUUGUAAAGAUGAUAAUGGCCAAUGAGCAUCUUAUUUUAUAGAUCCAAAAGAAAAAUAUUUUUAUUAUUAUUCUCAAGAUAAUAAAACUGGUUUUACCUUCUGAGUGCCUCGUGGGACCAACUAUCUUACUCCUUUAGUUUUGUAUUGUUUUUGUAUUUUUAAAGCAUACUGAGCUGACAUUGACUGAAAACCUUAUAACUCUCUGUCUAUACAACAAAAUACUGUUUCUCUACCCCAAGAGAUCCGAUUGUGUCACCUCUGCUUACACUGACCACUUUGACAGUCACCCGAUAAUUUUUUGAUGGGAUUGGGACUAUGAGGAAUAUACUUAUUAUAACCAAUACUAAUUUAUGAUCAUAUAGGCUAAGUAAGCCAUAUGAAGUCAUACCUGUUUCCAAAAAGCUGACACUUAAGCUCAUUGGUUUAAUGAGUAGAAAUGGCCUGCAUGUACCAGGGUGGAAUAUUUUUUCAAACUAACAAUGCAGUUGUGGAUCCUUUAGUUCUUUUGGUCAAAUGGUUGCCCCUUUUUCUGAAAACUUACUGCAACAGUCUUCAGGAAGUCCAGUGGGCUUGCCUAUUUCCUUUCUUGAUCUGUGGUGGGAUAUUAACAGGCUUAUUCAACCAAAGGUGUUUUCAGAGGCCUAUUUAAUUGUGGCUGGGGUAUCCUCAGGACAAAUAGAUGCACUCCAUAAAUAUACUAGCAGGCAAAGCCAGAGAGAUGUAAGUGGCAACCUGCAAGUCUUCAGUAUACUAAACUUUAUAUGAAGGAAUCUAUCCCAAGAGUACCAGAAUGCUACAUUGGAAACCCCUGCCGUAUAUCAGGACGGUCAUGGCCAAACCCACUAGUUGCUAAGCAGAAAACCAGGGAGUGUCCUGAAAUACAAUCAGCUGUCCACCAGCCAUGUUAUUUGCUAUGGUACACCAGCUUUUUAUAUAUCAUUUGGGAACCUGUGCUAUGGCAGAAUUAUAAAUUGCAGGUAAAAGUACUGUAAGACACAUUUUAAAUAAGCCUAAACCCCAUACCAUCUUUAUAUGCCAAAGGCCUAAUGCCAUGGAGCCUGAUGACCCGUGGCCAUGGUGACUGUGAACUGUGGGCUAGUUGUCCUGAUGGGCAGCCUAAGGGAUGAGCUCUCUGCCUUUGAUCUUCACUCAGUGAUGAUGUGGCAACAUCAAAGUAUCCUGAUGAGCUCUGUGCUGUAUUAAACCCAUUUUAAGAUAGCAUUCCAAACAAAUCCACAGCUAGUAGAAAAUGCCUUUGCCCAUUUCUGUGUUCCUAAAGACAUUAAUGGCACCUAUAACUGCAUACAUAUGUAUUCAGAUAUAUUUUUCUCAAAGAAUAUCGGAAAGAAAGAGGAGCCAGUUGAAGACAUGACUCGCAUUCUUUCUUUCACUUGUUCCUAGUCCGACUAUGGGUAUUGAUGCCCUCACCCUUCAGACAAUGUAUUUAGCCAAGUUCCAGGGAAUAUCAUUAUUGUAUGUAUACUGUGUGUAUGUGUGUGUGUGUGUAUGUGUGUGUAUGUAAGAUGUCACAGUGUUGUGUUUAUUAAGCUUAAUGUUGAGCUGUAAGGAACCAGUAAUCUUCCUCCAUGCUCUAAAGAAGAAAACCCAUAUUCAUGAGAGAACAAUCCCCAGCUUUCUGCUUUAAAAAAAAAAAAAAAAGAAAGAAAGAAGCUGGGCUGCCCUCCUGCUGUCUUCUUUGGACCAGUUCAACUUCAGAAGUAUCAGGUUGAAAUUUUAUGCUUUGUCAGUUUUUCUUUUUUUUUAGCAAAACAACACGACCUUAGCUUCUCAGAUAUGGACCACUUCUUCCUUCCUUUGUUAUGGAAUUCUGUCUUGCUGUAUCUUCUAUGCAACUCCUUUUCUAAUGACCCCCAGUGGCUGCAGAGUGCUCUCCAGCAUUCUGCUCAUCCUCAUCGCCUUGCUGUGUGGUUGAGGUGUACCAGCUUUGGGUGUGCCUCUUUUCUCUCUCUGGUUGCCUCACCCAAUUUUCCUGCCGUCCCCUUGGUUUGUAAACUGCCUGCAUUUACUCUUGUCAGCCAACAUGUACAAAUGUAAGAAAGAAUUUUUAAACAGGUAAUAAAUUAUAUUUAUAAGCAA